GUUCGUGUACCUAAAUAAAAGCCUUAAGCGCAGCUCACUUCGCUGCUGUUGUUGUUGUUGCCGCAGCUCUGCUCGCUUCGCUGAUUCACAGAGCGAGCAGCGCUGCGACGGCGCGGCGCGCGUCGACGGCGACUGAAGCUCGACUUUUGCGGCGAUUUGUUGUUUUUGCCGAGAGGUUGCUGCUCGGCAAGCCGCAAAUCGCGAAUCGCGAAUCCAGUUUCUUCUUCACUUCUUCGCACGGCAGACGCCAUCGCCGAGCGCAGAAACUGCGGAUAAACAAAAGCAAAGGAGCGGAGCUGCGGGAGGAGAGGGGUGCCGACUGCUGGAGAAGUCAUUCGAUCGGAACCUCCUGCUACUUAUAUGGUGUAACCCAAUGGAGGUGUCUCUGAAUAAGUCAUCGUCCUGCGUGGACUGUUGCAAUGACUGUAAUCUCAUGGCCUGCUGCUCGGCCGCUGCCUGCUGCGAGGCUAGCUGCGACGCCAGCUGCGGAUUAAUCCCGCCAGAUCCGGUCAGAUACGAGUACCACGAGCCCGAGGAGAACUUUGUCUCCAUAGAUGAUGCGAAAAUCAAGGGGUUCCUUUUGAAAAUCGCACAGCAACAGCAGGAAAAGGAGUUGGAGCUUAAAAGAAUCAGGGAUCAGGACAAAAAAGAGAGAAGGGAGAGGGAGCGGAGGGAGGCCGAGGCGCGAAGAUACCAAGAGGUAAUCGAGUUGGAUGAAGAGGAGGCCCCAUCAGCCAGGGGCUUGAUCAUCAGCGCAGCCCGGAGCCUAGCUCAGUGGAACUCCUCCAUCAAAAGGAUAUCCCCGGAUAUCGAACUGAUUCCCAGACAGGAGCACAGGAUCGUUGCAGAAAUCGAGCUCAGCGACAGUGAUAAGGACCCAGUUAGCGAGGCAGAGGAAGAGGUAAAUCUUCCGUCGCUAACUAUUCAUUGUAUUUUAAACGAAGAGAAACUGAGGGAAAACCAGAAUCGGAGUCGCAGUCGGAGUCCUCAGGAUCUAGUGAUUGUCGUGCCCUCUGACCAGGAAGAGGAGCAGGAGUCAGAACUUGUGGUCAAAAAGAAACCUUCCAACUCCAGGAGAUCGGCGAAGAGACGUCCCUACGUAAAUAGAAGGGGUCGCCACCUGUACGAAUGUCCUGACUGCGGGAAGAAAGUGCAAUCUAACUACAAUCUAAGACGUCAUAUGAUGAUACAUACGGGUGAGCGACCUUUUCCUUGUGAUCUAUGCGAGCGCCGGUUUCGGGAGUUCAGCGAUCUUAAAAAGCAUCGGCGGAGGCACUCACACGAUCCCCGAUUCAUCUGUAUGAUCUGUCACUUGGGGCAACCUUUGGAGCAGGAUUCCACUAGGUGUGCGGACUGUGAGAGCAAGAACCUCAUGGUGAAGCCCCAGUCAGAGCUCUUGGGAGAGGGAGACGCGGAGGAUCAGGCAGACGAGAUGGAGGAGGACGAAGAUGACUUGGAGGAAGAGGAGGAACCAGAAGAAGAGGAGCAGCCACGACGUGUGGCACCACCCACAUUGACGGUUACUUUAAUACCACCUAUUCAAUCUCCACCGGAGAAGAUUCCACAAACCACCCUGCCAAGUCGACCGCCGCUGCCUCGGAGUUGCAGCAGUGCCAACUCCUCAUCUUCCCUGAGCAAUGAUGGAAAUAUGCCUGGAAGGCCCAUUAAUCGCAGUCGCAGAUCCUAUCCCUGUCCUAUAUGUCAUCGUCCCUUCGGGACCCGUCACAAUCUUAAACGCCACUACAUGAUUCAUACUGGAGAGAAGCCCUUUAGCUGCUCCAAGUGCCGGAAACCCUUCAGGGAGUGUUCAACCCUCAAGAAACACAUGGUCACCCAUAUCCGAGAUCGCUGGUACAAGUGCCUCAGGUGUCCCUCCAAGUUUAGGGACUAUCUGGAAUACGCUGAUCACAAAACCAGUCACCUAGAUCAACUGAGUGGCCAAAAGUCUUCCACUUACGAGAGUGAGGAUGAUGGCGAGAGUUCUGUAGAGGAUUGUCUGGAAUGCUGCGAGUGCCAGCAAAGAUUCACGGAACUAGAUGCUUAUACAGCACAUCUCAAGAAGCACGAUCUGGAGUUGUACGGAAUGAGUGUCGAUGAUGUGGUGGACGAGGAGCAGGAGGACGUGGAUGUGGCCUAAAUAUUAAUUGUUUGUUUAACUUGAAACAAUCUUAAAAAAUUGUUGAAUUUAAAUUUGGAAUUCUGAAUACAAGUAUACAUUAGGAAUAUUAUGCAUUUAUAUUCUACAGCAAACAUGGCUCUAAGCUACUAAUUAUGAUCAGAACAUUCCAACAGCAUAAGUUACAAUGUUAUUCCAGCCUUUAAGGCCUUCUAUAAUAUAGUUUCGAUUCACACGCCAUAGUCCAACAAGUAAUUCAUAUGAAAACUUUACAGA